AUGGCGGACAAUGGCUCUCCCAAACCUCAAUUCCUCGCACCUCCCGCCGUUACGGCCUUACGGCAGGAGGCUCGGAACAUCAUCCCGAAAAUGACUCGAACUAUGAGCGACAAUAUGCGGGAGGAACGGGAAGACCUGAAAGAAGCGGCGGAACAGACCUUGAAUACUAUUGUGGACCUCGAUCUCGAGUGCCGCAUCAAAUGGGUCAGCCCGUCGUGGAAGCAGGUGAUCGGCUCGGCUCCGGAGACUGUAGAGGGCCGUAUGAUCUCGGACAUCCUCCUUGGAAAUAAGGAUGUAUUUCGUGACGCGAUCGAGGCGAUGAAAGAGGAUGACUCGCGUAGUCGGUUCAUUCGUUUCUCGUUGCAGAUGGGAGCGGACUCGGUUCUGAAGUACGCGCCCGAACCGCGCCCAAUUCCUACAGCGGAUAGCACCGAGGAUGAAAAAACCGAUGAAAGCGUGGAGCCGUCGCAGGACGAAGGCGAACAGAGAAACGAUGUCCUUCACAUGGAGGGACAGGGUAUUAUGGUAUAUGACCGGACGGACGACGAAGCCGGACAUUCCAUGUGGAUGCUCCGACCGUUAACCGAACCGAGAGAAGUUACAAUCGAUCUACCGGCCCUUCUGGUGGAGUCCUUGGGCGUCGGAGCAGAGGUUCUAGCGAACUACUUGACUACACUGGCUGAUGCCGCCGCGACCGAACCCGAUCCCUCCAAACACCCUGCCCCAACCCCAGUACUAUGUCGUAUCUGCGAACGCCAGAUCACACCAUGGUGGUUUGAGAAACACACAGACCUUUGCCUCCAGGAGCAUCGGGCCGAGAUGGACGUACAAAUUGCGCAGGAAAACCUCACCGAGCACCGGCAUGCUAUUGUGAAAGUGUUGGAUGCACUGGAAGCCCGACAAGGAAGACCGUUGAUCGGUAGUGAUGGCAAUAUUAUGCCCCUCCCCCAACCAGACGCCUGUGUCGGGCGUAAGCUCUGCCCCGGGCACCCCCCUCGCUCGCGGGAUCACUCGGCCUCUGGCAUAGUCCCUGGACGACCGCGGGCAUUCACCGUACGACGACCGCUGGCUCGGAUCGUGGAGCUGGUUCUCGAUCUCUGCGACACUGCGUCGGAAAUCAGCAUGCCAGCCUUAAAGGAGUCCUCACGACCAGAUAAUGGAGAGGACUUCCGUACACUGUCUCCACAGUCUGAAUCACGCAUUUCACAAGUUCUGCAGUGGCACUCACCCAGUUCCAACACGCUCGAACAGGAACAGGGCCUUGCUGCUCUCUCUGCAGACACAGAACUGGUAGCAAAGGCAAAGGUUGACGCCGUUGUCCGCCAUCGAAAAAUUGUCGAAUAUGCUGAACGUAUUCGCAUCGAAUACACCGUGCUCGUGGAAGAAUGCAUCACAGCUGCUCUGAGCAAAGCCGAGCGUAUAGCUGCCGGCCAGCUCAGUGAUUCAUCUUGCUCUUCAGAAGAUGAGGCUGCCUCGCAGGACACCCAUAUGGGCAGCAAUUUCGGCAACACUGCUGACUUUGAGGCUGCGGAGGCAGAGUCUUUGCAGUCGUACCCUAGCCAGGAAUCUCUACCCAUGCAAGCGCAGCCAGCAGCGCCUACACCAAGAAAACCAACCUCGGCCCUCACGAUGUCUAUGCGAAAUUCCCCAGAUCAUACGCUGAUGGCUCAGGGGGAGAACAGGCCAGCAUCCGCUGCGGUUUCAACUGGAUCCAACAGUCCUAUGGAGUGCCCGACCCCCAGAUCUCACAAGAGCAUGGCUGGCCUUCUGGGAACCUCACAGCAAUCCCGGCAUCGUCUGUCUCUUGCGGAAAUUGAUGCAGGCGACAGCAGUGAUAGCAGCUUGCCAUCUGCGUUCCCGGGUAUGCGAACAGACUCACCUUCCUCUGAGAGGAGUUUUGAUCGAAAACGAAGAAGCCUGGUGCUUCCCAACCUGUCGAGUUCUCCUCGUCGGCAGCCUUCCCCUGCUCGCGGUUCAGGCCCUCACUCUCCUUUGAGGAUGCCCAAGCCUCGUUAUUCAAAUGAAGGUCUUCCAUCGCCUGUUGUUUCACCAUCUAUCUACGCUGGCGAAUUGGCUCAUAGCUGUCGCCAUCAUCGCAGACAGUCGUCGGCCAACUCCUCAGACAUGACAAAGCCACCCCCGUCGCCGCGGCUGUCCUCGGUUAGCCAACAACCGCGCCCUGCACCACCAUCCAUCAAGGACUUUGAAAUUAUCAAGCCUAUCAGCAAAGGUGCUUUCGGCAGUGUGUACUUGUCCAAGAAGAAGUCGACCGGUGAAUACUAUGCUAUCAAAGUCCUGAAGAAAGCGGAUAUGAUUGCCAAGAAUCAAGUCACGAACGUCAAAGCCGAACGCGCCAUUAUGAUGUGGCAAGGCGAGAGUGACUUUGUGGCUAAGUUGUAUUGGACCUUUUCGAGUAAAGAAUAUCUCUAUCUGGUCAUGGAGUAUCUAAACGGAGGUGAUUGUGCCUCACUCGUCAAGAUUCUUGGUGGUCUUCCCGAAGAUUGGGCCAAAAAGUACACUGCCGAGGUUGUUCUUGGAGUCGAACACCUCCACAAUAGAGGAAUCGUUCAUCGGGAUUUGAAGCCAGAUAAUCUGUUGAUUGAUCAGACCGGUCAUCUGAAAUUGACCGACUUCGGUCUUUCUCGCAUGGGUCUCGUUGGACGUCAGAAACGUGUCUUGAAGAGUCCCAAUGAGCCGGCCCCUGAUCUCCUCAGGCAGGGGCCUUUCCCUCGAGCCAUGUCAAUUGCCUCUUCACGUUCCGCAUCCUUCGAUUUUCAAGCAGGCUCUUCCCCUGGAUCUACCCCACUUAUCACUCCAGAAGUAGCGGCCAAUAUUUCUCAGCCGUCAUACUUCAGCCUUAACCAGAGCGCCUUGAGUCGACAGAGCUCCCGGCGGGCAUCUGGCUACCGCAGUGAUAGUGCGGGCAGUGACAGCUUGAACGGCAUGUUCAGAACGUUCUCCUUGAACGACCCCAUAGGUCCCAUCAGCGACCCCGCGGCCCCCUCCCUGAGCAUGCUCUCCAGCAGUCUGGCCGAAGAUGAUGCGCAAAGCGAUGCGGGAGAGUCGCCUCAUUUUUAUGCACUGCAACCGACCUUCAGCAACCCGAUGGCGCAAAACACUCCUCCGCAGCAAAGCAUGCUUCCUCCAGUGAUGGCACUCUUUGACCCAGAAGAUCACGACCGGCGUUUCGUUGGAACCCCUGAUUAUCUGGCACCGGAGACUAUUAAUGGUGUUGGCCAAGACGAGAUCAGUGAUUGGUGGUCGUUGGGUUGCAUUAUGUUUGAGUUCAUUUUUGGGUAUCCUCCUUUCAAUGCCCCGACGCCUGAUGAAGUCUUUGAGAACAUCUUGCGGCGAAAUAUCAACUGGCCUGAUGAUCCCGAUGAAUAUACUACACCAGAAGCCUUGGAUUUGAUGAAUAAGCUCAUGACUUUGAACCCGCGUGAGCGCAUUGGAGCUAAUGUUGACGAGAAGUUCCCCAACGGUGGUGCUGAAAUCCGUCAUCACCCGUGGUUUUCCGAUAUCAACUGGGACACUCUUUUAGAGGACAAGGCUGAGUUCGUGCCGAACCUUGAGAAUCCAGAGGACACCGAGUACUUCGACGCUCGCGGUGCUAGUCUUCAGGCAUUUGCCGAGGAGAUGGAAGACGAGAAUCCGUCACAAGAGCCCGUCGCCCAAGGCGCUUAUCCAGAUCGUCCUCAUGAUGCUCUGUUUAAGGUGCGUUCGCAAGUCAAUUCGAUGAAGCGUCCAUUAAUGCCGCUGCACAUCCCACCCCAUGUUCGGGAUGCUCGUGACUCGCGUAGCCGAAGAUUGAGCGAGCCAGCCCUGGCCGAUGACUUUGGCAGCUUCAACUUCAAGAAUUUGCCGAUGCUCGAAAAGGCGAAUAAGGAUGUAAUCAACAAAAUGCGCCAAGAAGCUAUGCAGGCGCAGCAUCGUCAAUCUUCGGCCUCCUCCUCCACCGUCCAGACACCCUUGACGAACUCCCAGCCUUCAUUGGAGGGAAGCCCGCUCCCGAUGUCUCUGCAGCGCACGCUGUCGCAGAACAAGGGGAACAACCGACCCUCCUCGCCGUCUAGUCUAAGCCAGGCGAAUUCGUCUCCAAGCCGACCCUCGCAGCCUUCAUCGCCGCUUCUGGUGCAGUUCAGUACUGGAAACAACCAUGAGCGUCGCAAGACGUCUGGCUCUUCGUCCAGCGCGUCACACCAGUCAAGUGGCACAUUCCAGCCUUCUUCUGUUGAACAGGGCCGCAUGCCAAACCUUCGACUUGGAUCGGUCGCUUCGUCACCCGUCAAAGCCAACCGCAUGCCUGCUCACUCCCCCGACAAGCAUCCGACCAACCAAAGGCAUGGAAGCGUACCAGCAAGCCGAGCUCGAUCACAGACAAUUGGCUCUCAAGAUGGUAUCGAGUUAAGCUCACUUGGCAAAGAGUCAUAUGUACCUUCUCACCACAAGCAUCGAAGUCAACUUUUCGAUAUCUCGCCCUCUUCUUCGGACAAUGAGGACCCUCGCACCAGAGCGCUACUCAAAGUUCAGCGUCGGCGACAAAGCUCUCGCCGGCUGUCACAGUUUAACUUCCAGGAUGGGCCAUUCUUCCGCCCACUGGAUGUGCUUAUUUGUGAGGAUCACCCUGUCUCGCGAUUGGUGAUGGAGCGUCUAUUUGAGAAGCUGCGCUGUCGGACUAUCACGGUCACAAAUGGUGCCGAGGCUAUGCGAUUUGCUCUCAGUGAAGUUCAAUUCGACAUCAUCAUGACCGAGUACAAAUUGCCCCAGGUCAAUGGCGCCGAUUUCUCACGCAUGGUGCGCGAGACUCGCAGUGCCAAUCGACACACUCCGAUCAUCGCAGUCACCGGCUACCUAAAGGACCUUCCUGAGAACCACAACUUCGAUGCGCUCAUUGAGAAACCUCCGACCCUCUCCAAGCUUACAGAGGCAUUGUGCAAAUGGUGUAUGUGGAAGCCGCCGCCCAAGGAUUACAACCCUUCUCAGCCUCUGUCGGUUCCUACUCCCUCUGCUCGCCAGAACCCACAACCUCAGGAUGACAGCCCAAGCUCGGCGUCAUCUGGGUUCGUUCCCAAACCUCCUAGUUCCUACCGAGCAUCAAGCCGCGACGAUUCGGUCAGCAGCAGCGUAUUUGGUGAGAUGGAAAAUAUCAAAUCGGAUGAAGUUCCAGUGAUCAUCAGCCGCCACAACGAUGAUUGGGACCAUGGCCCUGGAGGUCUGGGGAUUUCCGAGGACCAACACCCCGGCAGUCCGGACGCCAAGGCAGUCCCUAUCCCAAAUCUCCUCCAUGCUAGGACCGCACCUGCGGCAAUGGACCCAAGCGGUGAACUCACGCCUCGCAAGCAAAGAUCCAGUGAAUCCAUCCGCGCCAAGCGAGAGUCUAUGGAGAAGAAGAGAUACGAAUGUGCCGAGUCAGGAGAUGACGAGGACGAAGAGCUCGGCAAUUCUCAACAACGCAAAAGCCCGCCGUCCCGUAGCCGUCGACCCGGCUCUAAGCUGGGAAUUGAGAUGAUGCGAACCAACAGUCGCGGCAGUGUGGUCAGUGGUAGUGAAGAGCUUCUUAAGAAGGAGCGGGAAGCGCUACGAAACCAACGAGAUGCCGAUGACUCCGAUGGCCCAUUGGGAUCGCCUGGAAGUACCAGCCUUGAAGAUCGCUUUGAGGGACUCAGUAUUCCAGAGGAAUCUGAAACCGAGGAACCGCUGAGCCCUCGUGACUCUCCUCCGCAGCCCUCAUUGUCGCCUUCCCAGGCCCAUCGGCCUUCGCUUACGCACCAUGAUACCUCUAUCUAUUCGGGACCUUCCUCCCCCUUAUCGAAGACCAGCAUUGGCAAGCUGAAGCACGGCCAAACCACUCCACCAGGGGGACUGACUCCAAGCGGCGCACCCAAUCCCAUCACGCCCGAGGUCAAGAUCACGGACGAUACAACCGAUUCUGGCUCCGGUUUUGACACCGACUGCAGCCCGACACCUGACUCGGAGGCGACACCACGACCUUCACAUCCACCAUCCAACCUCGAUCCAGAGGAAACGCCACGUCCGCCAGAGCGGUACCGACCCGAUUUCUCCCUCAAGCGAUGA